AUGUCCUUAGCAAUAUGCAGCUCUGUUUUCUUCUUCCUGGCCCAGAAAGUCACUGCCAUCAGUGGAAACAAAGCCAAUAUAACAGAUACUGUAGGCUUUGUUCACGAGGACAACGAGUGCGAUACAAUUUCCCUGCUUAUCAGUUGCUUCGCUACGCUUGGACUGUGUGUUUACUCGGCUGUUCACCUCAAUAUACCACGCAAAGGCGAAGGCAACUAUCAAGUGCUACUGAGGGAACUCCAAUGGUGUUUUCUCGGUUUAUUUGCACCAGAGUUAAUAUUGUACACCGCCUGGAGACAGCUAGCUUCCGCAAGACAGCUAUGCCAUGAGAUAGAAAAUAGUACAAUGUUGACUGAAUCUCAUAUGGGGGACCCAAAAACCUCAUGGACUAUCACACACGGGUUUUACGCUAGUAUGGGUGGUUUCGCCAUCGAGCUAGACAAUACCGACCAUCGAAACCCGACGUUGUUCAACGAUAUGACACGCCUCACCUUAACGGCGAAAGGUGUUGCACUACUCGCCAAGUGCGGGUAUGUUGUAGAGAUAUCCCUCGAUGAGAUCAAGGAUAAGAACAAAGCAGACGGUCUAGCGAAACUCCUUGUGUGCAUCCAAGCAGGAUGGAUGAUUGUCCAAGUUAUCAGUCGUACUGCCAUCGGACUGCCAACCACUUUAUUAGAAGUACACGUCGUCGCCCAUGUUGUUUGCGCGCUCGUCAUGUAUAUUCUAUGGUGGCAUAAACCUCGCCAGGUAACCUCCCCCACCGUCUUGAAGGGAAACUUGAUGCCUUUGAUCGCCUACAUGUACAUGACAAGCCGAAUGAGUGGGAAGCAACCACAAGGCAAGCUCGCUAUCUUCCGAUCAUCCACUCCUGAACUGGAAAAAUUAGCUUACUUUGAAGAUGACAAUGUACCAACCGAUACGUGUGGCGACAGGCAAGGUUUAAAUACAACUCGACUCUCUACUACUGGUAGAUUACGACCACGGCCCAAUAUCCAAAUUGUGAACCAAGAACCUGAGGCAGCACCAUGCAACUCCCCAAUGGAGGCUACGUCUGAGCUGCAAAGGCUUGCAGAAAAAGCUCUCCAGCUACAUCCAGUCCUUACAGACCACUUUCACCCAGUACCCGAGAGAGAAUUCCCAGAGCAGACAUACAAAAUACCCGAAGUAGCUGAACUGGUGCAAUCAUACGCCAUAGACUGGCCCAACGACGGUCUGCUUCGACGCACCCAAUCCCUCGUGAUGGGAAUGGUACUUUGGGUGCGUCCAUGGCAUACGGCGGCAUCCACGUAG